UGUAAUUCGCGGAGCGAUAUUUUGGAAAGUUGAAUUUUUUAAAAUUUAUUUGCUAUUCAUAAUUUGGGUCACUCGUUACUCUUCAUAUUUUGGGUGAACUAUUUUUGUCCGUUCGUUCUACAUUCGUGCGGUGCAAUUUAUUUUGACACCUAGGAAAAGUAUGUUCCUGUAUGUGUUUUUUCUAUAACUGGGUGUUUGGGUGAUGGUGAUGAAUGUUAUGGCGGGCAUGGGGGACACGGCGGUGGGCGACGUUGUGCCAACGUUGUGGCACCGCAUAAAGGCUGUGCACAUUCAAUAUAUUGAAAUGGAAGACUGCCCGGAGAAAAUUACGUUAAAGAAAAAAUUGGAAGAUUACAUCAUGGAAUACCUAUCGCUAGUACCACCGGAGUCUAAAUUCAGUCUGGCUGCGACUGAAAGGGUGUUCCAGCGGACGUUAAAUGAAAUGUCUGACUUCAGUGCGUACCGCGCUGGUGUCGGCUGGGCGGCGAUAGAGCGGUACGCUAACAACAUCUGUACGCAGCCGUGGCGGAACGAGUUUAAAGUUAUCAGACUGUACUCUGGUUUCUACAAGCACGAUGUGGAGGCGAACCUAGUGGGUGCGGACGGCAUGCUGCUUGCGAUGGGCUACCGGCCCGAUGAGCGAUGCGCUGCGCGGCUUAAGAUCGAAGAGCCGAUUUCUCAAGCGGGGGCCUUCGCCGUCUCUAUAGACGCCAUUAUUGCACACUGCGAGUGUCAGAUAAUGGCGCAAGUGUUGGAGGAUCUGCUGGGACGCGGCGUGCGCGCCAGCUGGCAGGAUGUGGUGUACCAGCGCAAGGCACAGCUGGCCCAAGUGCAUUCUGCGCCACUCGUUGCCCCUGUCGUAGCGGGAUACUAUGGUGACGAUUCGGAACUCUACUCGAAUAUGGCCGUCACAGUAACGGCUGACACGCACCGCAUCAACAUGGCCGAGGCCCAGUACAAUCCCAGUUUACCGCAGAGUAACAACAUUUGUACAGACGUGUCGCCUAUCGAGGAGCCGAUGCCACCAAUGUUACACCCUCCGUACAUGAUGUCUCCGCACAUGGUGUACCCCGCGCCGCAUCACAUUAACGAAAUGCCCGUCGCGGUGCCCGCAUGCGGUGCCGUCAUGACCCCGUACGGCCCGGUGCAAUACUUCCCGGUGCAGGCGCCUUACAUGAUCCCCAUGCCCGUGUACGCACCCAUCAAACACGCCACCAACGUCCCCGUCAAUGGCUACCCUCCCAUACCGCAGUGCAGGUAUCCCGCGGGGCCCACUGUACCCACCGCACAACUCAUAGAACUGGACACGCCUUCCAUUUAUGAGAACGGCAAGUUUGAGAGACAUCGAGAUGAAGAAAGAAGUAACAAGAAGAGCGGCUUGCAUCUCGAUACACCUAAACGAACGUCGUCGAGAUCGGGCUUCAGUGACGUCACGUUACCGAGUCUGCCGCGCUCCGACACGCAGCCCAAUUUGAGCAAAGCCAAAGAGGACGGCAUGGGCACUUACGAGAGCUGGGAUUACGUGUUUAGGAAUUUGUCGAGUAAGAAUAACGAUGGGGAUAGCAAAAGUGGCUUUUCGCAGUCGCUCGAUAGAGAUUCGAGGACGUUAGAUAGAUUGGAGAGAGAGGAAAGGAGAUCGAAGUAUCAACCGACCACGUUGGAUUUGGAAGACGGAUUGCAAGCACUCAACCUCGAUCGAACUUACGACGAGGAGAUGUACAGGACGGCGAAAGUUAACGAGAAUCUCAUGCGGUUGAAGCAGGAACAGGAAUCGAAGCGGGCGAAGCAGCUCGGCAAGAAACAUGCGGACGACAAGAAGAAACGUCACUCGGCGGAGGCCAUCGGCAAUCCGAAAGCGGACGGCCUCAUACCCACCAAAGUGCCUUCGGAUAAAGUUAAGUUACUGUCAAAGAAGGAAAUAAAAGACAGGAAGGAGGUUUUAAAGCAGCAGAACUCUAUCAAUGGGUCCGGAUCGAACAAUGCUGAAGUUAAAAGAGUGAAGAAACCAACAAAAUUGGUGGCCGCCGAGGUCGAGAGGAAUAACAAGAGCAAACCUUUAGAGAAUGGUGUGGACAGAGCUCCACACCUAACGAAAACUGCUGCAACAUCCAGUACGCAUCCGAGUUACGAUUUAAAGGCUCAACUAGUCGUCACAUUAGAUGAGCCUGAUAACAUUCGUCGUUCCCCACCGAAGUAUAUCCAUCAGAACGGAGAUAGAGAAAGUGGAAACCUACACAAUAACGAGAAAGAUAGACCAAAUACGGCAGAGAGCGAGUCAAAGAGAGACAAAUGGCAGUGCUCAACAUGUACGUAUUUAAAUAAAUUAUCUUUACAAGCUUGUGAAAUGUGUGGUAAAUCCAAACGUGGUCCAGAGAUACAGCCUCUGACGUCCGGAGGGCGGGAGUGUCCCGCGUGCACUCUGGUCAACACUCGCAAUGCCACCGUGUGCGAUGCGUGCGGAACUAGCUUGCAACAUUGUCCCACAUACAUUUAGAGUUACAAAUUCUAUGAUAAUGAUUUUGAACCUGUUGCCAAGUUUAUUCUAGUUCAAACCUCGCCCUUGAAGCAAAUAUAAUAAAAAAAAAGUUACAUUUAAAUACGCUUGUAAAUGAUUCAAAAUAUUUAAUGUUAACUGCUGUUAAU